CAAAAUCAAACCAUUGAUCCAUUUUCUAUUCCUCUCUCACUUGUUCCUCGCCAUUAUCUUCGUCUUCACAUCCUCGCUCUCCGAAUCGCCAUGGAUCGCCGGAAAUCAUCGCCGGAGGAAAUCUCAAGUUCAGAAGCCUUUACAGUAAACUUGUUAUGCGGUUUUGGUUUGGCUCUAUCUUUCUGGAUAUCUAACACUGUCUACUCCGUCAACCUCGUUACCGAUCCUUCUCUCACUCUCUUUCUCAUUUCGAUUAUUGAGCUUCCAAUCGUCAUCCUUCUCUACAGUCGCUAUCGACACAAUCCCCAACAAUCCUCGUACCUACGAGCUGUUGCCAGAGGCAUUCUAGGACUCCCAGCAGGGGCAUUGCUAAAUUCUUUAGGAGCUAUUGCUUUGGGCGCACCUGUUACCUUUCAGUUCCUGCCCAAGACUGUAUAUUGGUCUCUUAUGAUGUCAUUGUUCACAACAGUUCCAGCAUCGUGUGUUCUUGGUUCGUCAUGGGCUGAUUGGAAACGUAUAUUUGCACAAACAAAGCCGAAUGGAUCUAUUGAGUACCUGAUUUGCUUACAUGCCCAUGGAGCAGUUAUUGGGGGAUGGUUUGGGGCCUGGCCAAUGCCGCUUGACUGGGAGAGGCCCUGGCAGGAAUGGCCUAUUUCUGUAAGCUAUGGAACAUUAGCUGGUUACCUUGUGGCAUUAGUUGCAUCAUUAGGCUUUGUUCUUGCUCAUCGUAGGAGGUUGCUACAUGUCAAAAAUGAAUGAAGUGCAAAUGACUGAUUCUGUGAAGGUUGAGAAACUAGCUGCGAUUGCAGAAGAAAUGGUGACUUGGUUGGUAUUAGAAUCAAGGUCUGCAAAUGCACAAAACAAGUGGGUGAAAUAAGAGGGAUCAAUGUCAGAAACUGCAAGGCCACUAUCAGAAUACCAAUAGCCACCUUUAAUUUCAGCUUUUGCAGAAGAGAAUUGGAGUUGGAAAAUCACGAGGAGAGUAGAAAUCAAGAGGAAUGAAGGUUUUUUUGAGUAGGCCAUUUUCUGUGUUGCUAUGCAAAUUGUCUCGGAUAAGUGAUAUAUAGAUAGAUAUAGAUAGAUAUAUAACAAUAUAGCAGCACAUUUUGUUGACUCUUCUCUUGCUUGUUUCAUAAGUUUUCUCCUCCAA